AAUUGCAUUAGAGUCUCGAAGUUGGGGGUGGCGAGAGAGAGGCGAAAUAACAAGCUGUCAAGAGAAGGUGACACCGUGUUUAAGGGACAAACAACCUAUAGGGAAAAGGCUAUUCGAUUAAUCACGGUGGCCGACUUUGGAAAUGGAUGGAAUUUAUGGAUGGGAACAGCCCUCUUUGAACCAAGGUAAUCCCUUCAUUGAGAUCAUUGAACAGCCCAAGCAGAGGGGCAUGAGGUUCAGGUACAAGUGUGAGGGGCGCUCUGCGGGAAGCACCCCGGGAGAGAAGAGCAAUGACACCACCAAGACACACCCCGCCAUUAAGGUGCACAACUACAAUGGCCCCCUGCGUGUCCGCGUCUCCUUGGUGACCAAGAACCCACCUCACAAGCCCCACCCCCACGAACUGGUGGGGAAAGACUGCAAACAUGGUUACUAUGAGGCAGACCUGCAGGAGAGACGAGUACACAGUUUUCAGAACCUGGGCAUUCAGUGUGUGAAGAAAAAGGAUGUGGCUGAGGCAGUUUCCUGUAGGCUGCAGACCCAAAACAACCCCUUCAACAUUCCUGAGGCGAACAUGUGGGAGGAGUUUGACCUAAAUGCAGUGAGGCUGUGUUUCCAGGCCUCGAUCACUCUGCCUACCGGGGAACUCUGCCCUCUGGAGCCCGUGGUGUCCCAGCCCAUCUAUGACAACAGAGCACCCAACACAGCAGAACUGAAGAUCUGUCGAGUGAACAGAAACUCUGGAAGCUGCAUAGGGGGGGAUGAGAUCUUCUUACUUUGUGACAAAGUGCAAAAAGAGGACAUCGAGGUGCGGUUCUUCCAGGGCUCGUGGGAGGGGAAGGGCACCUUCUCCCAGGCGGACGUACACAGGCAGGUGGCCAUUGUGUUCUGCACCCCGCCCUACUGCGACACCAACCUGACCGAGCCAAUCCGAGUGAAGAUGCAGCUCCGCAGGCCCUCGGAUCGUGAGGUCAGCGAGCCAAUGGACUUCCAGUUCCUGCCCUCCGACCCAGAUGAAUAUAGACUGAUGGAGAAGAGAAAACGGACAGAGGGAAUGUUACAGAAUCUGAAGCUGGGGUCCCUGAUGUCGGGGACCAUGCCAGCAGAGACGAGGCCAUUCAACAUUGCCAGGAGAACAGUCACCGCCAAGCCAGCAGCUAGCCAGCCUGUGAUGAACCCAGUGGCGCCCCCUAGUGCCUUCUCUGUGAAGCCCCAGCCCUACUACAACGGCCCCCAGCCAGGCAAGUUGUUUCAAACCCAGCCCAAAGCAGAAGCCUCCUCCACCGCAGCCGAGACCUGGAAGUUCCUCAACAGCCUGACUCUGGACUCCCAGCCCAAAGCCACCCCUGUGGCCAGCUUCACCACCAACCCCCCGGCCUCUGCAGCCACAGCCGCCUCCUCCCAGGCCUUUCCCACCGUAAACCUGUUGGACUUCAACGGAUUCGCUUUCCACAACUUUGCUUGUCCCCAGGAGCCGGUGAGUGCAGCCCCUACACCAGAGCCCACCUCUACCUUUGGGGUCCAAGGCUCCCAGUUCAAGGUGGAUGAGGAGCUACCCGAAUUCCCCAGCUUUUCUGAGGCACAAGUGCCAGGGACUCUAGAUAGUAUAAACAUUGAAGAAUUCCAGGCUAUGCUGGGCCAGAGUUGUCUGGCUGGAGAAGGGCCAAAGAGCAGUGAGGCGUCAGCCCCUCAGGCACCCUGCCACUCACCCUCCACCAACACUGUGGCCAACAACGCGGCCCAGAACCAAGCAGACCCAGCCAACCACCACACCGGCUGUGGCGGCAGCACCUGGAUGAACUACCCCAACAGCAUUGUCAGCCUGCUCCAGAACGAGGGCAUGAUGGACAGUUCCCCCGGCAACGCCAGCCAGCCGGCCGCCCUUGACGACCUGGACGUCUUAAGCUCCAUGGACGAAGACCGUCUCAUGUCCAUCCUGAACAGUGGCAACCAAUACAGUUUUGUGCCUGGACAUCAGACCUAAGAGACAACCGUGUGAUUUGACUGACAUGUUUACUGACAUAAUCCCCCUGGUAGACUACUUUUAUCUGUGCCUUUGAGACCCUGGGCCCGGUUGCAUAAAACAACUUAAGUUAAUUUCCCCCUUGUAUUUUCUUGUAACUUUAAGUCAGUUGCACAAGAUGUGUGAAUUUUCCCUGUUUUAAAUUAAGUACAAAAGUUAAGGGUGUCCACGAGGUCCCUUAACUGCCUCAUUAUGUAUGGUUGUCAAUGGAAACAGCAUAUAUAGAGGUGAAUGUUGAUUUUCAUCUGCUCUGGUUACAAAAGGAAAAUGUCACCCAGCUAGCUACUUAGCUAAACAAUGGAAGGUGCACGAUCCAUGGCUACAAAAGGAAAACAUCAACCAGCUAGCUACUUAGCUAAACAAUGGAAGGUGCACGAUCCAUGGCUACAAAGCUAGCUGGCUAGUUAGCUACAGCUACAGUGGGGCAAAAAAGUAUUUAGUCAGAAACCAAUUGUGCAAGUUCUCCUACUUAAAGAUGAGAGGCCUGUAUUUUCGUCAUAGGUACACUUGAACUAUGUCAGACAAAAUGAGAGAAAAAUCCAGAAAAUCACAUUGUAAGAUUUUUAAUGAAUUUAUUUGCAAAUUAUGGUGGAAAAAUAAGUAUUUGGUCAAUAACAAAAGUUUAUCUCAAUACUUUGUUAUAUACCCUUUGUUGGCAAUGACAGUGGUCAAACGUUUUCUGUAAGUCUUCACAAGGUUUUCACACACUGUUGCUGGUAUUUUGGCCCAUUCCUUCAUGCAGAUCUCCUCUAGAGCAGUGAUGUUUUGGGGCUGUUGCUGGGCAACACGGACUUUCAACUCCCUCCAAAGAUUUUCUAUGGGUUGAGAUCUGGAGACUGGCCAGGCCACUCCAGGACCUUGAAAUGCUUCUUAUGAAGCCACUCCUUUGUUGUCGGGGCGGUGUGUUUGGGAUCAUUGUCAUGCUGAAAGACCCAGCCAUGUUUCAUCUUCAAUGCCCUUGCUGAUGGAAGGAGGUUUUCACUCAAAAUCUCACGAUACAUGGCCCCAUUCAUUCUUUCCUUUACACAGAUCAGUCGUCCUUGUCCCUUUGCAGAAAAACAGCCCCAAAGCAUGAAGUUUCCACCCACAUGAUUCACAGUAGGUAUGGUGGUGUUUGGAUGCAACUCAGCAUUCUUUGUCCUCCAAACACAACGAGUUGAGUUUUUACCAAAAAGUGACAUUCUCCCAAUCUUCUUCUGGAUCAUCCAAAUGCUCUCUAGCAAACUCCAGAAGGGCCUUGACAUGUACUGGCUUAAGCAGGGGGACACGUCCUGCACUGCAGGAUUUGAGUCCCUGGCGGCGUAGGGUGUUACUGAUGGUAGGCUUUGUUACUUUGGUCCCAGCUCUCUGCAGGUCAUUCACGAGGUUUCCCCUGUGUGGUUCUGGGAUUUUUGCUGUGAUAAUUGUGAUAAUUUUGACCCCACGGGGUGAGUCUUGCGUGGCGCCCCAGAUCGAGGGAGAUUAUCAGUGGUCUUCCAUUUCCUAAUAAUUGCUCCCACAGUUGAUUUCUUCAAACCAAGCUGCUUACCUAUUGCAGAUUCAGUCUUCCUAGCCUGGUGCAGGUCUACAAUUGUGUUUCUGGUGUCCUUUGACAUCUCUUUGGUCUUGGCCAUAGUGGAGUUUGGAGUGUGCCUGUUUGAAGUUGUGGACAGGUGUCUUUUACACUGAUAACAAGUUCAAACAGGUGCCAUUAAUACAGGUAACGAGUGGAGGACAGAGGAGCCUCUUAAAGAAGAGGUUACAGGUCUGUGAGAGCCAGAAAUCUUGCUUGUUUGUAGGUGACCAAAUACUUAUUUUCCACCAUAAUUUGCAAAUCAAUUCAUUAAAAAUCCUACAAUGUGAUUUCCUGGAUUUUUUUCUCACAUUUUGUCUGUCAUAGUUGAAGUGUACCCAUGAUGAAAAUUACAGGCCUCUCUCAUCUUUUUAAGUGGGAGAACUUGCACAAUUGGUGGCUGACUAAAUACUUUUUUGCCCCACUGUACUCUGUAAGCUAGCUUGACGCACAAGAAAAUAAUAUAAACAAGUUGAGAAACAAAGUAACUACAAGGAAGUGGUUUAUUAUCUGAAGCAAUUUGGUUAUCCUGUCUUGAUUGUAGAAGUUCUAUUUUGCCAUCUCACAAAAUGAAAGCGAUCUCUUGAGGAGAUGUUUAGUCAGUGAAACAGGCCAUCUCCAUGGUAACCAGAUAAUCCUUCCGCUAUACGUGCCUUCAAGCUACCCUAAAACCCCUUAAGUAUGCCCUAACCUAAGGAAAUAUUUGAGGGGCUCUAUGCAACGCCCUUAAACAAUUCCCUUGGGUAAGGGGAAAUUAGUCCAAAAGGAAAACCCUUACGGGAAACACUUAAGAUUUAUGCAACUGGCCCAGCUCCCUUCCAACCCAACUUCCCUUUGUACUUUUUGUGCUAUUCUAAAGGGCUUCAAAGGACAGUCAUUUGAAGGCUGGCAAAUAGAAGUGUCCGAAAGUGGUGCUUUCUGCUCUCUUCCCUAUGUGGAUUGUGGACAUGCUUAUUAGGAGAGCUGCAGAACCCUGCCUGUACACAAUUAACAGAGGGAAGGGAGAGCUACAGGGAAGUAGCCCGUUUGUAUCUGCCAGUAUGUGAGCAAUUGCAACGCCCGAGGGUGAGCUGAAUCGUCCCUUUUUGUCACCCCUAAAGAUACACCACCACUGGGUUCUGUAUAAGCCCAGGCUUGUUUCUUAUCUCCAAAGGCAGUGGUAUUUCCUUCUGGUCCCAAACGAGCUUCAGGGUUUCUAAAUGAGUCCACUUCAAUCAUUCAGUUAGAGAAUAGGACGAAAUCAAACGUUAAAAGUUUAAUUUGAUUUAGUCCUGUUCGUCCUCUAAAUAUCAUUACAUUUGAAAUCAAACCAGAGCUUGAAAGCCUAGGCCUUUUGUACGGUCUACUUUUAGUUGAAUUAUGUGUUGAAUUCCAACCAUGGCUGUUGAUGACUUUGCAGAUGCUAUACAGGCCUAAAUAGCAUCACUGAUGACAAAAGCGAUAAAGUAUGGUCACAUUUAAUUUGCUCUGUUAAAGCUACUCUUUGGAAUGACGUAUAGCAACAGUGAAUUUAUUUAGUUUUAAAGUGGAGAUCUCUCAACAAUCAUUCUCACGAACAGCACAUUGGUAAUAGUCAUUGUCAAACAUAGCUAAUCAGGGCUGGGCUUGGUUAAAACCCUGGCUGGGAGACCAAAGGGUAGCGUUGAUGGAUCAAUUCUCUAGGAGGUGCUGCCCAGCCUGUUGUUUUUACUUAUACGUUAAAGAUCUGACAUUGUUUUAACUUCAACAUUUUAUACAAGGUUUGUAUAUGUUGAAAUUUGAUUCAACCAGUUUGUGCCCUGUGGGUAUUGGCUAAAUAUUCGAGGUGAGGAGAAAUUGCUGAGCCAACAGACCAGGAGUUGAACCUGCCAACCAAUCAAUUGAUCACAAAAUGUGACCGUUGUUCUAUUAUGGGGAGUAGGGUGAGUUUAGCAUUUUCCCCACUUACAGUUGAGUGGGUAUACUAACGUAGUGGAAUAUCACCAUAAAGCAAGAUUGCAAUUUCAAUGUACAUAAGCCCUAGGUGAUGAUAUACACGGAGUAUACAAAACAUUGGGAACACCUUCCUAAUAUUGAGUUGCCCCCCCCCUUUUACGCUCGGAAACAGCCUCAAUUCGUCAGGGCAUGGACUCCACAAGGUGUCAAGUGUUCCACAGGGAUGCUGGCCCAUGUUGAUUCCAAUGCUUCCCACAGUUGUGUCAAGUUGGCCUUUGGGUGGUGGACCAUUCUUGAUACACACUGGAAAGUGUUGAGCGUGGAAAAACCUGCAGCAUGGCAUUUCUUGACAAAAUGGUGUGCCUGGCACCAUACCACAUUCAAAGGCGCUUACAUUUUGUCUUGCCCAUUCACCCUCCGAAUGGCACACCUACACAAUCCAUGUCUCAAGGCUUAAAAAUCCUUCUUUACCCUGUCUCCUACCUUUCAUCUACACCGAUUUUUGAAGUGGAUUUAACAGGUGGCAUCAAUAUGGGAUCAUAGCUUUCACCUGAUUUGUCUUAUGUCAUGGAAAGAGCCAGUGUUCUUAAUGUUUUGUAUACUCUGUGUACGUGACCUAUAGUACUCACCUUGAUGACGGGAUAUCUUAACGUUAUGUACAGCUUUAUCAUGUCAACAUCUGCAAGUAUAACUUGUCAUUUUAGGUUAAAAUGUUCAAUACAUCUUUGGAACAGGAAGGAUAUUGCUGUUUAUAAAUGUACAAUAUGCUAGAAUGUAUUAGAUUCAUUGUUAAUAUAUCAGUUAAAAAUAAGACUCAUUCCAUAUCAUGUUAAUAGUUUUGAGUCAGUAUCUCAAUAUAUUUCUGUCCAUCACUAUGUCAAUUAUGCUUAUUCUCAGUGCAGUUUUCAUUAUUACAUUUUGCUGUAUGGUAUAUGAACAUCAGUGGCAGUUUAUUUUACAUGGUCAAUUAGCACGUUUAAACCAUAACCUUGUACUUAUUCAGUGCUGCUUUAAUGAAAAAUGUCAUAUUUUGUACAAGUAUAAAGUACCAGUCAAAAGUUUGGACACAACUACCCAAUCCAGGGUUUUACUUUAUUUUUAAAAACUAUUUUCUACAUUGUAGAAUAGUAGUGGAGACAUCAAAAGCAUGAAAUAACAGAUAUGGAAUCAUGUAGUAACCAAAAUAUUGUUUAAACAAAUCAGAAUAUAAAAAAAAGUGAGAUUUCAAAGUA